AUGCGUCUCACCACCAUCUUCCUUUCCCUCGCCUCUCUCGCCUGCGCCGCCGAGCUGGGCAUCGAAACCACCCACAAGGUCGAGUGCACGCGCAAGACUCAGAACGGCGAUAAUGUCGCCAUGCACUACCGUGGUACUCUCCAAUCCGACGGCAAAGAGUUCGACUCUAGCUUCAAGCGCAAUGUCCCGCUGAACUUUAAGCUGGGAACUGGCCGGGUUAUUAAGGGAUGGGACCAGGGUCUCCUCGACAUGUGCAUUGGCGAGAAGCGCACGCUCACUAUUCCCCCCGAGUACGGAUACGGUGACCGCGGCGUUGGUCCCAUUCCCGGCGGCGCAACUCUGAUCUUCGAGACUGAGCUCGUUGGUAUCGAGGGCGUUGACAAGGAUGAGCUGUAG